CAUUUUUAUUUCCCUCCACCUUUCUGGGACCCCCGUUACUUUCUUGCAAAGCACUUUCCUUCUUUUUCCUGCUUUUUGGUGUCUUGCAAGUCUUGCAGUCGAGCGUGUUUUCCUGCACCGACCGGACUCUUAACGGGAGGAAUCGAGCGGGCCAUGGCCUUCCUUGGGAGUGCAGUUCGGCGAGUGGUGUCUUCGGUUCGGCCUCCUCUGUCUCCGCUGUGCCGGCCGAGCGCUCGGGCCUACAGCACAGAGCACACCAAGGAGAAGAACGUUCCCUACAAGAAGACGCUCAAACAGGAGGAUGGAGCCUCCUCUGGGCCGACUAAGCCUUUACCCAAGUCAGCCGAUGCGGUGGUGAUCGGAGGAGGCAGUCUGGGCUGUCAGACCAUCUACCACCUGGCUAAGAUGGGGAUGACCAACGUAGUUCUGCUGGAGAGAGACAGGCUGACUGCUGGCACCACCUGGCACACUGCAGGUCUGCUGUGGCAGCUCCGUCCCAGCGACGUCGAGGUGGAGCUCCUGGCCCACACCAGGAACGUGAUCAGCAAAGACCUGGAGGAGGAGACGGGUCUCCACACAGGCUGGAUCCAGAACGGAGGAAUCUUCAUCGCCUCCAACAAGCAGAGGCUGGACGAGUACAAGCGCCUCAUGUCGCUGGGUAAAGUUUACGGUAUCGAGUCCCAUGUGCUGUCACCUGCUGAGACCAAGGACCUGUAUCCUCUGAUGAACGUAGACGACCUGUAUGGGACGCUGUAUGUUCCGACAGAUGGCACCAUGGACCCCGCCGGCACCUGCACCACCCUGACCAGAGCCGCCUCGGCCAGGGGAGCCACGGUGAUCGAGAACUGCCCCGUCACUGGGAUUCAAGUGCGAACCGAUGACCUCGGGGUGAAGAAGGUGAAGGCAGUGGAGACCGCUCACGGAACCAUCGAGACGCCGUGCGUGGUGAACUGUGCAGGUGUGUGGGCCACCAAACUGGGAGAGAUGGCCGGCGUCAAGGUUCCUCUCGUUGCCAUGCAUCACGCCUACGUGGUGACAGAGAGGAUUGAAGGCAUUCAGAACAUGCCGAAUGUCAGGGAUCACGAUGCGUCAGUGUACCUGCGCCUCCAAGGUGACGCCCUGUCUGUGGGUGGCUAUGAGCACAACCCCAUCUUCUGGGAUGAGGUGUCUGAUAAGUUUGCCUUCAGCCUGUUUGAUCUGGACUGGGAUGUAUUCAUGCAGCAUAUCGAGGGAGCAAUCAACAGAGUUCCUGUUCUGGAGCAGACUGGCAUUAAGUCCACCGUCUGUGGACCAGAGUCCUUCACAGCAGACCAUAAGCCGCUGAUGGGAGAAGCUCCAGAGGUCAGAGGCUACUUCCUGGGCUGUGGCUUCAACAGUGCCGGUAUGAUGCUGGGAGGAGGUUGCGGCAGAGAGCUGGCUCACUGGAUCAUACACGGCCGCCCCGAAAAGGACAUGUACGGAUACGACAUCAGGCGCUUUCAUAACUCGCUGACAGACAACAAACGCUGGAUCAGAGAGCGGAGCCACGAGUCGUAUGCUAAAAACUACUCGGUGGUGUUCCCUUUUGAUGAGCCGCUGGCCAGCCGAAACAUGAGGAGGGACCCUUUCCAUCAGGUGCUGACGGAGCAGGGCUGCGUCUUCCAGGAGCGACACGGCUGGGAGAGACCCGGCUGGUUCAACAAAGAUGGACCGGCUCCUCUUAAAGACUACGAUUAUUAUGGGUCUUACGACGUUAAGAAGAAUGUAAACUACAAAUACAACGAGCUGCUGGGCAAAGAGUACACGUUUGAAUUCCCUCCACAUCACGAUGUGAUUAAGAGUGAGUGCCUUUCAUGUAGACACAGUGUGGCUGUGUUUGACAUGUCCUACUUUGGAAAGUUCUAUCUCACUGGACCAGAUGCCAAGAAGGCAGCUGAUUGGUUGUUCACAGCUGAUGUCAACAAGAAGCCAGGCUCCACGGUGUAUACCUGCAUGCUGAAUAAAAAAGGAGGAGCAGAGGCUGACCUGACGGUGAGCCGGCUGGAGUCUGGUGCUGCCAGCCUGCCUCUGGCGCCAGAAUCCAACGGCGAUGCGUACUACCUGGCCAUCGGAGGCGGCGUAGCGGAACACAACUGGAACCACAUCAGAACAGUUCUUCAAGACCAAGGCUUCCGCUGCCAGCUGACCGACCACUCUGAGGACAUGGGCAUGAUCAGCAUCCAGGGGCCCAAGAGCCGAGAGGUAUUACAAGAGGUUUUGGACACAGACCUGAGUAAUGAAGCUUUCCCCUUCUCUACCCACAAAGUUGUCAACGCAGCAGGACAUCAGGUUCGAGCCAUGCGCCUGUCCUUCGUCGGGGAGCUCGGAUGGGAGCUGCACAUUCCCAAAGCGUCCUGCCUUCCGGUCUACAACGCCGUCAUGGCCGCUGGUGCAAAACACGGCAUCAUCAACUCAGGCUACAGAGCCAUCGACUCGCUCAGCAUAGAGAAAGGGUACAGACACUGGCACGCCGACCUGCGCCCCGAUGACACACCUUUGGAGGCGGGGCUAGGCUUCACCUGCAAGCUGAAGAGCUCCAUCCCGUUCCAGGGUCGCGACAGGCUGGAGAAACAGAAGGAGGAAGGGCUGAGGAGGCGCAUCGUCUGCUUCACCACCGAUGAUAAAGUCCCCAUGUUUGGUCUGGAGGCCAUUUUCCGCAACGGAGUCCCCGUCGGUCACCUACGACGCUCUGACUACGGCUUUUUCAUCGACAAAACUAUCGGCUAUGGAUACAUCCGCAACCCCGAUGGAGGCGUGGUGAGCGCCGACUUCAUAAAGAGCGGCGAGUUCACCCUGGAAAGGAUGGGAGUGGUGUACAAGGCCAAGGCCCACCUCAAGUCUCCGUUUGACCCGGAGAACAAACGCGUCAAGGGCAUCUACGCUUGAGACGGAGCACGCAUGUAAAAACUGAAUAAAACACGCUGCUUUGAAAAACAAAAGGCGUGCAAGUUGAAGGGA